AUGACACCUCUGCCGACCAGACUGUUUGUGUGUCUCUGCGUCCUCUGGAUCUUGGUUACAGUGAUAUGGGGAGACUUUGUGGAUCUCCCUCCAAACAAUCCCUUACUCUCCCUGGCAGAGGAUGAGACCGUCCUGCCCUGUCGCUACCAGCCAACUGGUGGCACUGUGGUGCAGGUCACCUGGUAUAAGGAGAAACCUGAUGCCACCAAGGAUCAGAUCAUCACUGCACACCAUAUUAAUGGACAGACAGCGUUUGGGACAUGGUCACGACGUGUGCACUUUAAAAGCAGCGAGCCCACCGUGGACUCCUCCCUGGUCAUCAUGAGCACAGAGAUCUCUGAUGAGGGGAAAUACGUCUGCCGCAUCAGCACCUUCCCAACCGGAAACUUUGACAGAGAGAUGUCACUCAUCGUGUGGACCGUUCCUAUCUCCUCCCUGGACCCAGUGAUUCUGGUGGAGGGACAGUCCUACCGACAGGCCGGUUCCUGUCGCUCUGUUGCCCGCCCGCCCCCCCGCCUCUCCUGGGACACCGACCUGAAUGGCCAGUCCAUCAAUCGUUCCUCUGACAAUGGGGCGGUCUCCUCGAGCUACGCCCUGCACCCCCUGAGGAGCAUGAACGGCAAGAAGCUGGACUGUCUGGUGUGGCAUCCGACUAUGAAGGUCCCCCGCAGGCUCAGAAACAAGCUGGUGGUGCACUUCCCUCCACACGCAGAGGUGUCUGGCUACAAUGGAGACUGGUCUGUGGGUUUGGAGAAUGCUGCUCUGAGGUGUGUGAGUGGAGGAAACCCUAAACCACAGAGUUUCAGCUGGAUCAGAAUGGGGGGAGAGCUGCCGGAAGGUGUCAUCCCCCACCCUAAUGGAACACUAGUUUUUGGGCGACCACUAAGCUUGUCAGAUGGAGGCAUCUACCAGUGUGUGGCGAAGAAUGACGUAGGAGUAGGGAAGGCGGAGGUGGAUAUUGGUGUGGCAGAAUCUCCCGAGGAGCCGAGCAUGAUGGAGAACAUGCUGAUGAUCAUCGUGGGGGGCGUGGCUGGGGGGUUGCUGAUCUUGAUGAUCAUCGUCAUCAUCACCGUCACUUGUCAUCACAAACGCAAGAACAACAAGCUGGAGAAGGAGCUCACUGUGAGGAAGGAGGAAAUAAGCACUCUCACCAGACAAGCUUCUUUCAGGAUAGUGAACUCUGUCAGCACAGAUGCCAGAGGAACGACAGAGGAAAACAUCCCUCUGAGGGUGGAGGGAACCAUAAGGACCAGCAUGUCAUCCCUCGGGGACCAUGCUCACUGCCGUGACAGCCGAUCUACUAUCUCAGGUGGACGGGGAGGAGGGGGAGCGUUUGACUACCUGGGCCGGCCAGUCCUGCACAACAACUCGCGACGGGGAAGAGACCGGCCUCUGGACAGAGACGAGGAGAACCGACUCAGAGUGGAGACAUACGUGAGAAACAGCGCUAUUUCUUUACAGGAGACUCGUUUCCACCCUCCUCUCAUGCCAUCGGCCUUCCCAAUGGUACAGUCCACUGAUAUUGUAAGACAGCUGAACGGCAGCGCCAUUAUCCCAACGGAUGGGGGUUCACGGCCAGGAAGCGUCACCAAGACUCACCAGCACCCUCCUAUGAGCUGCAACUACCCACCGGUAACAGAUGACGAGGAUGAAGUAGAUGAAGGUUUGGGGGGUCCCGCCAGUCAGGAGCAUCCUGAUGACCAGGACAGCGAGACCAACAGCUCCCAGGUGUCCGAGGUUCACAGUACACGCUACCGGCAGACUAAUGGCACACUCAGACCCAAACCCCGGCCAAGCCCCACUGUGGUCAGUCCCCAUGCCUCCCUGAUCCACAAGGCCCAGAUAGUUUAGAGGGCAGCUGGGAAAUAACACAUGAAACUGCAAGAUUGGCCAGCUCUGGACUUGGAGGUGGUUCAAAUGCGGAUAAACAGGCACAAUUCCACAAGAAAACCAGUGUUUGGUCAGGUAUAAACAAUCUGCACCUUGACUGCAAUGCUGAAUCUUCUUUAUUGUGUGGGAACAUGGUGCAAUAGAAUAAAAUCUAAAAGGGAAAUAAAUGACUCUGAAGCAUCUACUGGACAUUUCUGGAUGUCUGCCGGGUGUUCUGUGAUCAACAGUUUGCUGUGAAUUCCCUCAGGAUUACUGGCACAAACAAAGACGAUGUCGCAAUAUUUCCAGUGCAGCUACUACAGCGUUAAAUCACACACAAUAUUCCUUGCCUGUCUUUCGCAAUGCAGUAUCUGUUGCUCUGGUACGAAUAGGUGAAUGCAGCUGACAUACCUUUUGUGGGGGAUGUUGAAAUGUAUAGUAGGAAAUCAAAAUAUUCUGGAGAAUUGGUAGAGACUGUGGGAAAAUUGGUACAUCAGGAAUGAACAUUGCAACACCUCUGUAAGGAGGGAGGAUUCAUGUUGGAGUGAAGUUCAGUGUAUCAGUAACUGUGCCUGUGUUAAGUUCCCUUACACAACAAGCCUUGGGAUCUGAUCCAAACCAUGGGGUUGUUCCUGUCUUGCCACACCUGCAACAUGCAUACCUCCAUAUUGUCUUGCUGUCCUUGUGCCUUUGACUUCAAGCAGUAAGACAUUUUGGAUCAGAUAAAGGCUUCGUACAGACAAAACAAGACUAAUGUGUCCUACACAUGUAGUGAUUUUGCGAUCUGGAAAUAUCUACAAAUAUGCAAAUGAUUUAUUUCAAAAAAUAGUUUUAUAUCUUUUUUUUUAAACUCAAAUCAUCAGUACAGUAAAUAGUAAAGCAUACACAUAUAACAGCUAAAUAAUGAAUAUACCCUGUUCCGGCUCCUAUGCGUGGAUGGUAUUUUUAACAUAUUAAACAAGCACACACACUAAAUAAAUAGAAGUGUAUAUAUGUUGUGUACCUCCGUGUUUGAACACACAUACAGAGUGGAUGAAAGCUGGAAAAAGCUACCACAUGUUUAGAAUGUACAUUUUAAUUUUACUUAUUUGUUUUCUACUGAUUGCGUGCUAUUUUUGUGAAUACAUAGGGACUUUAACACUAAAGUCCACAGAGACAAACAAAGGCUGCCAAGAACGUGGACGUAGCUUACUGUAUCUGUAUGUUGCAACCAUUAUUCUGCCAGCUGGAUUUUUAUUUGAACAUCAAAGACAAGACGAUGCCUUGCCAAGAAUAAUUUGACAUAAACCAUUACAGAUUUUUUAGUAUUGUGGCGAAACCAAACAUGUAGUAUACAUCUGUAGAUGAAUAAUAUUGGAUGAGUUUUGUAUAUAUGAGUAUUGGGUUCUGUUACAGCCCUGAUAUGGGAAGCAAAAUGCCAAAGGGAAAAUGAAAAAAAAUCACUUUUGCUUUUUUGGCAAAUAUGAAGUAUUAUUUUGUUCUCCACACAUGUAUUACCCUUGAUAUUUUGAUUUCAUAAAUCAUAUAUUUAUGAUAAAUGUGAUCUUCUGAAAAUACAACACGAAUAUGAGUUAUUGGAAAAGUUAUUGUGCCAUAAAUGAUUUACUGGCACCUAACAGACAAAAGCAACAGAUAAGUGGUAUUAUGUGUGAAUGUGGGUUGUAUUUGCUGUAGACAGUGCCCCCUGGUGUUUACUGCUUGAAAGUGCAGGGACCUGAAUGAGCCUAACGCAAAACUACAGAACUAUGAAUGACUCUGCAUUCCCCUGUGAUUUUGUAAAAUGAUCACUUGCCCGGUUUUUCAUUUAUU